AUGGACACAGUCCACAUGAUUAGGGAUCCGCUAAACCAGAAUCACAAACUUCAGCAAGACACCUUUAUUUCCCUUGCCCUUUUGCAGAGCCCCAUCCAGCUCUCCGCCGUCGGCCCGGCCAUGGGGCAAGCCUGGGGCAAUCUUCAAGACAAACUUCAAGGGCGGCGGUGGAAGGAGCACCAGGUGAGGAAGAUCACCGACAAGGUGUUCGACCGCCUCACGGAGGACGCCCAGAAGCGCGAGAAGGAGGCCCUUAGAUUCGAGGAGGUCUACAUCGCCGUCCUCUGCGUCUACAAUGACAUCAACAAGUACUUGCCGGGGCCGCACCACGAUCCCCCGUCCAAGGAGAAGCUCAAGGCCAUGAUGGAUGAGUAUGACGUGAACCUGGACGGGCUCCUGGACCGCGAGGAGUUCGCGGAGUUCAUCCGGAAGCUGACCGCGGACUCGCUGUGCACGAUCAGCGUGAAGCUGCUGAUCACGCUGGUGGCGGCGCCGGCGCUGGCGAUGGCGACCAAGCGGGCGACGGAGGGCGUCCCCGGCGUGGGCAAGGUGGUGCGCAAGAUGCCCAACGCGCUCUAUGCCUCCGCCAUCACCCUGGGCGUCGUGCUGGUGCAGAAAUCCGCCGAGGGCGUCGAGUGA